CUCUUACUGUCUCAACAGCCAGCGUCCAUACGUGGUUCAGAAUAAGGCUCUGGGUUCUCCUGUUUGUCGCUAUAUACACUGAACAAGGACCACUAACAGCUUCUUACACCAGCUCUGCACCUUACGGACCAAGAGAAUGAAGGUUACCAUGAUAACAUUUUGCCUGAUCGGGGUAGUUUUUGCCAACCCGAUUUCAUUUAAUGCCAUUUUGGAAUCAAAUGAGCUUGAUGCAAACACGACUGAAAGUAUGUCUAUUUCACAAUCAUCUGAAAAUGACACCUCAGAGAUUCAGAGCUCUGAAGAAAAUUCAUCAAAUCAAAGUUCAGAGUCUGACUCACUAGAAUCCACAUCAGAGGACAAGACUUCUGAGGAGAGCAACAGUCAAUCAGAUGAGACAGACGCUAUGGCUGAAACCAGAGAUAACAGUAUGGGCAGCGAGGAGAAUGUUCGAAAGAGUUGGGUUCGAGUGUUUGCAAGUGUCAUCAAAGUCCAAAGUGCAGAGGACAACAGCAGCACAGAGGUCAAAGGUCAGUCAGAGCACAUGACUGAGAAUCAGUCCACUCACACCUCCACCAGCACGACUUUCAGACAGAUGACCAACACUGCUCAGGGUCACUCCAACCUGCCGCUGGUGGACAACCCCACUGACAGCAGUGACAGCAUCAGUGACAGCAUCAGUGACAGCACCAGUGACAGCACCAGUGACAGCACCAGUGACAGCGCAGACACCAGUGACAUUACUGGUGUCACGGCUGCCGCCAACAACAGCAGUGAGAGUACCAGCAGUGAAAGCAAGGAGACCAGUGAGGCCAGUGACAGCAGUGAUUCCAGCAAAAGCACAGAGGACAGUAAUGCCAGUGACAGCAACGAGCUGAAUCAGAUCAAAGCCAAAGACUGUGUGAAUGGAACUCAGAGCUGUGAAAGUGACGAGUAUUUCUUCCAGGAUAUAGGAGAUGACGCCCAUUACUUAGUAGACAAUCUGAUGGUGCCAGAUGAGGAUGACAGAGAGCUCAGCCUCAGGAGAUGAUGACAUGACCUUGUGCAAUGUUACAUUUCCCACAAUGAACUUAAACACCAUUACACUUUUUGUCAUAUCUCAAAGGUGCUUUAUUCUAUCAUUCCAAUGAAUUAUAUAAAUAAUAAUUUUUGAUAAGAAAUAAGUUAAUAUUUUAUGAUGGUUGUUACAAUAGUUUAUUCUUGGGGUCCUCAGGGACACCAGCCUUGUAUGUUAAAUAUGUUGGUAGGAUGAGGGUUAAAUGACCUACCUGAGGACUUCAGGUUGACAAAUCUGCUCCUGCCUCUUGCUUCUGAAUGUUGAUUUUGGCAACAUAAUGUUACCUGCAGUUGAUUGGUUUGUGUGUGUGAUUAUUAUUGUAAUUAUGAUGUAGUCAAAGCCUUUACUUUGUUUUUAUAAUAAUAAAUAAAAAAAUGAUAAUCAUAUAAUGGGUGGUUGCAUAUUUUCUAUGAUUAGAUUUGGGAACGUUAGAUAAUAAAAAACGAGUUUGUGCUUCAGUUGCAGACAGAAUAGCAUUAGCUAACGUUAGCUAUUUUAGCUGUGAUGAUGAAGAACUCAAGAUGCUUAAAUAAAUGGUAAAGGUUUUAAGUAAUUCUUGCAUGUGGUAAUGUUGUGCUUUACAACAAUUAGUCACAUAAAAGUAUCUGGUAUGACUUAUCAUGGAUAUAUAGGUUUAUUUUCACA